GCAUUGUCGGCCUUGGCUCGUACCAGAAGUGGAUGAGGGCUGGCCGAUAGCGGCCUUGGCUCGCACCCGGAGUGGAUGAGAGCACUCAGCGGCGGCCUCCUCUUCGGUUGGACGUUGCCUUGAACAGGCCUCAAAUAGAUUGGCUGCCCCUCUCGUGUGUCGCGCCCGUUUUGAGACUUGACAAGCACGCUACUGUUCUACGGACUUGCGACCGAACUCUGAUCUUUGUCUGUCAAGAUGGUCGACACACAGCCCACCCUCAAGGAGCUCGCUGCCAAGAUCACCGAGCUGGCGGCAGCCUUCACUAAACAGCUUCAAGCAAACAAUAUCCCGCAGGCGACCUUUGCCGCCGACAGCGUAUCUAGCUAUGAGGGCAUCACCGGCGAGAUGUUCAUCACGCGUCAGACGCUCAACGAUGCGUUGAACGACAUGUAUAUUCUUUCCCAAGGCCCUACGGAGAGUGUCUACAACUACGUCCACAACGCCAUGCCCGACGCCUCCUGUCUCAAUGUACUGAACCACUUUGACUUCUGGGCGGCGGUACCGAUCGACGGCUUGGCAUCGUACGCCGAAAUCGCGGAGCGCACGAACCUGCCACUCGACGUGGCAUACCGCGUGUUGCAGCAUGCCUUUACGCUGCGCUUUUUCGCUGAGACGGAGCCCGGGCUCGCGACGUCACGCGUACGGCACACAUCGCGGUCGGCGGCGCUAGCGCGGAAGCCUGGUCUCAAGGCUCUUGUGCACUCUGUGCUAGACACGUCGAGCGCGCCGCUGCUCCUGCUGAACGAGGCACUCGAGCGCUACAGCGCCGGUAAGCCCGCCCUGACGGACAAGAUGGAGGAGACGGCCUUUGCACUGUUGCACCAGGGGGGCCAGUUCGACGGUCGCCACGCCAACUCGUGGGAUUUUCUCGAGAACCACGGCGAGGGCGAGCGGCGCGGCUGGCGCCAGAAAUACUUUGUCGAGUUCAUGACCUUCAUAAAGGACAUCUUCCGCCUUGAGGGCAUCGUGCUGAAGGCUACAGACUGGGAGGCGGCCGGCAAGGCCAAGGUCGUCGAUAUCGGCGGGUCAGCCGGUAACGACGCAUUUAAUCUGGCGCGCAACUUCCCCGACCUGACGUUCGUCGUUGAGGACAUGCCCAAGGUCAAGCCCAUCUUCGAGGCGAACCUCCCGGCCGAGCUCGCGGACCGCGUGUCGUAUGUCGAGCACGACAUCCUCCAGCCGCAGCCAGUCGAGGCCGACAUCUACAUUCUCAAGUUGAUCAUGCACGACUACCCGGAGGCUGUAGCGUCGCAGCUUCUGCGCAACCUAGUGCCCAAGCUCCGACCGGGCAACCGUGUUCUUGUGAUCGAGUACAUUGGCAAGGUCGACGAGGACGCGACGCGCGACCCGGAAAAGGAGGAGGAAAAGAAGGCGGGCCCGCCGCUGCCGCGGUCCGUCCAGCAGAUGGGCACGGCCACCGACCUCCGCAUGAUGGCCCUGUUCAACGCCAAGGAGCGCCCGGUCGAGGCGUACAGGAGCAUCGUAAAGAAUGCGGACCAGCGUUUCGAGGUGAUCAAGGUCGACGCUGACCCCCUGACGUUCUUUGCCACGAUUAAGAUUGUGUGGCGUGGAUGAAUUAUUACGAGGGCAAAAUGGAUAUGACCAAUGCGACAUUUGAUCGGUCCAGAAUGCACUUCAACCCAAUACAAUAUUUGAUCGAAUAAUCACGUAUUUAUUAGUAAUGGCCCAAAACUUAUUGAAGUGUGGCAACAAGCGGUCAAAUGCCGGUUACGUAGACGUCAGCUACCUCAGGUAUUCAUCUUAAACCCAGGAUUGGGCCUUAGCUGGUGAGUAGUGGAAAUGGACAAGGUUUAAUUCGCUUCAUAUGAAGCAAGCAUUGCUUGUGUUUAUAUAGACUCUUAUCAUCGGCCUAUUAGAUCAUGUUCGAUAAGACAUUGUUUUGCUAGUAUGACCUAGUAACCUAAAUGGAUUCUAUCGCGUUAGGUGUUCAGAAUUAGUCACUUCUUCUUUGG